GCGCACGGUCCCAGGCUCUCUAGCUUCUCCGCUCUAUGAUUUUGGGCCGUCAAGUCUCCUCUCCUCUAAGGUGCCAGCCCUGCGUCGCCGGAAGUCCGCAGCAGAGCCCGCGGGCGCCGCCGCGAAGGUCAGGUCGUGCCCGCCAGAGCCCCCUCACCCAGCGCCGGCCAUGGCCGCCCGGAGCCCUGCCGGGGCAGCCGGGCACCUAGGAGUUCUGCAGGAGGUCAGCGGAUGAAGCUGAAGAUUAAAUAGGAAGGCUUAUUUUAGAAGAGAAGACACUACUUUCUUCACAUCAGGAUUUAUUUGAGUACAGGCCUUUCCUUCACUAAGGAUUGUGGUUGACUUUAAGGGCUAAAGGAACCUUGCUGUCCUUACAAUAGCUUUGAGAAACUAUUGAAGUUUUAGGAAAAUGGAUGUUCCCUGUCAGAAGAUUUCUGGAGGCCUUGUCUCCAAAAGAAAACCAGAUGGCUAUAGACAGUUAUUUUGAUGUGCUGGACAGAAUGGAAAAUGCUUGAACCAAAAGUGAGCAGUAUUGCCUAGAACAGAGGUUCUCAAACUGGUCCAUGGACUAUUGGUGGUCCGCAAGCUCCAUUCAGACCUAAGAACUGUUUUGACAGCGUUUAAGCUGUUCAACAAGAGACGCUCUAAUGGAUGACGGAGAAUUUCCUACAAAUGAUCUACUGAUAGAUUCAAAGGACAGACUUGAUGCUGGUGACAGUGUGGGAAAUGUGGAAACUCGUUUGGCUUCUUCAUCUGAUGAAAAUGAAAAUCAACUUGAUGGUGACAGGAGUGAGGUCCUGACCAGCAGUGACAGUGCAAUGGGAAUGCAUGAAAAGGUUGAGCAGGACAAUAUCAAUAACAAUGAAAAUCUGGACAGUGGAGACUGUACACCAAGUUGCAAAGAAGAUGAGACUGAGAAGAACUCUGAAAAUUUCCAUAUGGACAUUCAUAGAGAGGAAAAGCCUGUUAUAGAAAAAUGGACGGAUGGAAAAAGACCAACUUGCAAAAAAGACUCCUUUAGAAAAUCUACAGGAGUUCCUUCAGUGGACACCUCAGCACUCAAAGAGAAUGCUCGCCUUAAAGCUACAGGCUCAAUUCAUGAUGACGAUGCUGAUGAGACAAAUGUGAACUAUCAGCAAAAGCAACAAAAACAGACUUUGCAGUCCCUUUUUUCCAUGCUUCGAGAAGAGUUUGAGCGGAUGGACUUGAGGAUACUCCCUCUGUGUCUCCAUCAGAUAGCUGAGGCCUAUUUUCAGGAGGAGGAAUAUGAGAAGGCAAUGAAGUUCAUUCAGCUAGAACGACUAUAUCAUGAGCAGCUACUUGCAAAUCUUUCUUCCAUUCAGGAGCAGUGGGAAACGAAGUGGAAAACAGCAGUGCCCAGUACAGUUAUGACUCUGAGUAAUUCAGCUAAAGGACUUAACAAUGAAGAGUUAGAAAAUCUUGCUAAACUUUGUACAUCACAUCAAGAGCCACUUGUAUCCAAACACAAGCUAGUAACUACUGAAAAGUCCUUGGGAGGCAAUCAGUUUGGACAAUUAAUGGGAUCAGAAGAUUUAAAAGAAAGAGAGGCUGCUGCUUGUGAUUCAGAUACUGAAACUUGGCCUGACAUUGGACCAAGAAAAAAAAAACAGCGCAGAGAGAGACAGAUGAGUGAGAGCUCCCUGUGUAAAACUGAUAGGCUUAUAGAAGCAGCAAGUCUUCAAGUAGCUGCAGGGAAGGACCACAUGGAGGAGCAGUACUGCAAUGCUGAAUCAACACUGGAGCCACACGCCCAGUCUAUAGGGACAGUGGGCAGGCCUUGUUCUGACUGUUUAUCAUCUGGGGAUGCUGGUAAAGAUAACAGUUUGCAGCCGAGAGAGAAGCAGUUCUCUAAGGAUGUGGCAAAAAUAGAAGACGUGGCUAAGGAGCCUGGAGUGGAACUAUCUGGUGAGCCAAUGGUAGACACCUUAGUUUUAACAGACGCUGAUUAUAUCCCUCCUGAUUUGAUUUCUAAAGAUGAAAAUGUACAAGCUGAAAGAAAUGUUCUCAGGUCAAAACACAGUGCAGGCUCUACUGAGACUGCCAGAAGCCAGCUAGAAAAUAGUGCAUUAGACCAGCAGCAGCAGAAGUCUGGUUUAGGAUAUGAGGAUGGAAAAUCCCCACAGGACAGAACUGCAUCAAACAUUUGUGAAAACAUGUGUUAUGGAAGUAACAAAGCACCUGAACAUAUCAGUCCUGCACAUCCAAAAGUAUACAAGGGACUGCAGGAGAUGGCAAGGCAGCAGGAGGAGGAGGUAAAUAAUGAAGAACCGGAAGAUUUUUUUGGCAGAUUCUUAAAUGGUAGCAUAAAAGACACUGAAGAAUCCCUUGCAAAUUUAGAAAACCAAGAGGACUCUGAAACUCUUCCAGAUAUUCCACUGGAGCAAGCAUCAUACAGUUCAACAGAAGCUUUAUUAUUAGAUGACAGCUUUUCUUCGCUCGAUGAACUUGCAAAAAGGAUAGAGAUUGCAGAGGUUGCCCCAGCAGAGGGACUGGUGUCCAUUCUAAAGAAGAGAGAUGACAGUGAAAGAAAGACACUUGCUCAAAUCCAGCAGAGAAAUCCAAAGAGGAGAGUGAGAUUCCAAGAAAUGGAAGACACCUUGGAUCAAGAUGAAGGUGGCGGCUCCUGUAUUUUGCUGAUUCUGUUGUGCAUAGCAACUGUUUUCCUUAGUGUUGGAGGAACUGCACUGUACUGCACCUUUGGUGACAUGGAAUCGCCUGUAUGUACUGACUUUGCAGCCAACAUGGACUUUUACUAUACCCAGAUGUUGCAGGGUGUGGAGGAACUUAAGCACUGGAUAACCUUCACAUAGUUGAAAUGAGCAGGGACAACACACUGACAGCUUACCAAUGAUUACCAGAGAGGUUAAAAAAAAAUUGUGAUAAGUUUUCUGUAAUAUGUGCCACCUUCAAGUGAGGUAUUGCUGAUGACAUAAACCUAACCCUUUAAAUACCAGUUGAGAAGAACUGUCUAAUCUAGUAAUCAGGUGGGGAGAAAUCAAGUGUGGAACGGAAGAAUAAUAAGCAAAAUGUUAUUACCUUCACAUUCUGAAACCAAGCAAGCAGCCAUUCAACAUCUUUGGGAAGUGAAGAAGAUAGAAAAGUGAUUAGCCUCUACACAGUCUCCCAUUGACACACAUUGUAAGCAAUCUUAAUGAAAGGACAAUUUUGAUUUACAGCUGUUUGCACAAAAGUGUUGCCUCCAGCUAUCCUGCAAUAAGUCUGUAUUUUAUGAAAAUGUUUCCUUAUUUUUCUUUUAAGUCUUAAUGUAUUUUUUCAUUUUAAAUGUCCUGGUGAGUUGUUUAAUUAUGGGUGGAGUGAGGAAAAUGCAUUGGCAUUUUCAGUGCCCUCAUACUAUGUUAGUUAAAUGGAUUGGCCUUAUGUCUUUAAGUGUGUUGCAGUUAUCGUGAAUGGGUUAAAUCUGAAGGCAGCUUUGCCAAAUUCUCUGGAAUUUUAUUCCCCAAACUGGGUGGACAGUGUUGGAAAAUUGUGGGAUUUUUUAAAACAAAAUUCAUUCCCAGCACACAAUACUAAGUGUAGGAAAUAAUUCUUACUAAUAAUAGUAAAGCAGCUUGGGCCAAUGAAAGGGGCAUGGGACUAGGAGUCAGGAUACAUGGGUUCUCUUUCCAGCUUUAUUACUCACUUGCAGUGACUUCUCUGCCUCAGUUUCCCCCUCUGUAAAAUGGAGAUAGUGAUUUUUGUCCUCCUCUGUAAAAUGCUUUAGAUCUACAGAUGGAGCAUGGUAUAGAACUGUCUGGUGCAAAAUGUCCAGAGGUUUUUGUAUAACCUGGCAUAUAGCCAAGACCAGCUGCAAAGUUCAGAGCCAAAUUUCUCCAGAUUUCCACCUCUGAGUUUUACUGAGUCAUUUUGAAUAAAAUUGACUCUAUUACACCAAGUCUUGUUCUCUUGGGAAAAUCCUCUCCAUCUCUCUGACAUUUUAUUUCACCUUGAGAUCUUUCAACUCCCUCAUAUAUUCCUAUCACUCUUUUUUCAUGGAGAUCUACUCACCCUAGAUCUUUCUCUUCUUUUCCUGUCCAGAUCCCAUGUUGAGGGGAAAAAACAAAUAACCAAAAAAUAUUUUGAGAAUAUAUAAAUAUUUUCAUUUUUAAAACUUGCAAUAUUAUUUAUAUGGGAGAUCCCUUCAUAUUUAUUCAUCACCCAAACCACAAUAUAUUAAUAUGUGAGCUGAAAGUUUCCACUAAAACCAUCACCAGAGAAAGUUUAAAAUUAUGAUAUUUUAGUCCAUUAGGGUUCAUUCUGAACACAUGACAGAGAUGAACAGAGCAGUUCAUACAUCUCCAUAUUCAUUUUUAGUCUCCUUCUGUCUGCUGACUUGGGAAGGCAGAAUUGUGAUAAUUUAUAUUCAAAAAGGUAACUCUGCAAUGAGAGCUUGCAACAUAAUUUAAAAAAACAAUAAAAUCUUAAAUUCCCAUGUUUUAGAUGUUUCCAAUGUGUUCUAUGGAAGAGCCCCUAGUGUUGCACUGUAUCCCAUGUACCAGUCAGGAGAAAAUAUCUGAACUCAGGAUCAAAUCCUUAGGUGCUUUACACCACCUUCAGAAGGGACAAAAGGAGAUACUGUUUAGAGAUACAAGAGUCUUGGAGAACCCAUUCAGUAGGAUUCCACAUGUAACCUUGUCAAAAAUACCUAAAUUCCAUUUUCAAAUAUGAUUUAGGCACUUGGGAUUUGAUCCUGUGCUCAUCAAAGUCAAUGACAAAUUUCCCAUUGACUUCAAUGGAGAUGAGCAGGCCUUUGGAGCCUAGGUCUCACUGAAAGUCAAUGGGACUUAGGUUCCAAGUGCCUAAGUCACUUUUGAAAAUGGGACUUGGGCAUCUCAGACACUUGAUGCGGUUAGAAAAUUUUUCUCUAAAUGCCAUUAUGCAAUACAGGGAUCACCACAACAGGGAUGGCUGAAAUCCUGGCUCCACUUAAGUCAAUGACAGGAUUUCACCCUCGUACUAACUCCCCAUGGGAUGGGGGAUAUGUAGGGGGCCUGGUCUGAGGACCUGUGUUGUUAUAACAUGGGUAAGUGGAGAGCAGCCAUCUGUAGCUAUGCUAUCUUUAUUUGACAGUAACUGGAAGUGACCCAGCUGUGCAAGUGCCCCAGGUCACAUGGUUUGCAGUCACAGAUAAGGAAUUCCCUCAUAGUUCCUUUAGGCAAAGCACUUUUUUACUCUGGCUUUGUUCCCAGGACUGAGGUGUGAGUCACUAAGUACGCCCUGUUGUUUUUCAAUAUGUGCAGAAACAAAUUUACUUUUAAAUUGUAAUAAUUAAUUAUUUUAAAUGAACUGCUGUUUUUAGCUGGUGCACGGUCCUUCGUAUAUGUAGGGGAGAGAACCACUGACAAGAUAGCAAACGGUAAAGUUGGACUGUAGAGCCCUUUGCCCUAGCCAUGGCCAGAAUAUGGCAGCUGCUUCUGCUAAUGGCAUAAUGGACUAGCCAGUGGAGGAAUCCUGAGGUGAGUGUUAGUAUGAAAUGAUACAUCUCCGUCUCAGGAUACAAUAUGCUUUGGGGCUCCAAUUCACUCCACCCAAUAUUGUAAAUACUUACUAGGGUUGUAUGAUGGAGUAUGUCCAGGUUUAGGCAUUUACUGUAUAAAAUAACAUGAAGUGAAAUCAUCAAAAUAUCACUCAGAAUGAGAACAUGAUCAUGCUUUCUUACAUUUGCAGGUGGAUUGUUCCUCUAGUAUGUUUGACUAUUCCUAAUGCACUCUCAUGCUUAAGUGUUUGUUUUUAAGUGAAAGUUGAAAUCACUAUUUUCCAGAAAAAAUUGCAUGUGUGGUUUUUGUUUUUAAGUACCCCAUCUCUGAGGUUCAGUUGAGUUACACCUUAAGAAGCCUCAUUUGCAGCUUUAUAUUAUAACUAGCCGUUUAAAAUGUCUAGAUUAAUGCAAAACUUUUGCUUUCUAAAUGAAACAACAUUUCUUUUUUUCCCCAAGAAGGGCCUUGUGUUUUAUGGUAUUGUAAUGCUGGGUUAAUCUAAAAAGAGAAAAGAAAAGUCACUUUUAUAUCCUGAAGUGUUACUGGCUGGAUCAGUACAUCACUUUAUGUCUGGGUUUAUUUAUUUAAUUCCAAUUGAUUUUAAAGAAAUUCUCUUAUUUUCCUAGAUUUUGUUUUUGUUUUUUUGUAAAAUGCUGAUGGAGUGUUGAUAAGCAUGCAUUCAGUUGUUACAGUGCUGCAUUUAUAAUUACUGUGCAGUUAGUGUGUUUUUGAGUUAGUGUAACUUUGCAUUCAGUGUUUCAGCAUAUUAAGUUUGUUUAAAGCACCAACUGUUAAUUUCAACUCUUAAAAAACCAAAAACCUGGUUUAAAUAUCUGUGCACCCCGUCACCAAAAACUUCAAGAGUUAUAGCUAAUAGUAUUUAUUUAUUUAAAAGUAUAUCAGAUACAGAGAUCAAAGAUUCUUAUACUUUAGGUUCAUAUGAUUACAAAACUAUUUUAAAGCUGUUCUACUGUAAAUUUUAAAGAGAUAAAAGACAAGGUAAUUUUAAAAAGCAGCUCACUUUGCACUUGCUGGUCCAGACUCUGCACUGUGGCCUGGAUGCUUUGUGCUGCACUGCCAGUGCAAAGCCACUCCAGAGUUGGCAUAACUGGCCACAAGAGGAUCACCAAGGGUAGGGCGAUCCUUCAGUGACAUAGAGCCAGUGUAACUGCCUCGACGCUGCCUCUCUCUCUGCCCUGUUGCUUGUGCAAAGAGUGUAGCUGGAAAUUAUGAGCAGACAGUCUCUAGCUGGUGUAAUUUAGAACAGCUUUCCAGCUGCUUCAAUUUAUGCUAAGGUACCAGACUGGCACAGCAGCAGCCUGGGUUUGGAGGGAGUCCAAAGGCCAUCUUUGCACACACUGCCCUCCUCCUGUGUUAUGUAGCAUGCCCCUCAGCUGUAGCCCAGCAUCUGAGCCUGGACUGAACCUUAUUCAGAUUUCUUUGUAAAAGGCUAAUGGUACUAAUUCUUGUUUUACAGGACAAUUCUAUUAGCAGAAAUAGCUCACAAGGUCUGUAGUGCAUUAUCAAAUGUUUGGUUAAGAACAUAGCAAAAGUACUUAUACUUGGAGGUCAAAACAGUUUGUGGGUAAGGCCAGCUGGGUGGCCUUCCUGCACAUUAUAUUCUAUUUAGAUUGUUACGCACCAUCACUCUCCAUCUGAGUGGUUAGGGCCCUGCAGUCUGGUAAAUCCAAACUAAAGGGAAACCGUCAAUUCAGGAAAUUACUCUUCUGUCUAAAAAUUAUGUAGCUAGUAACAAGUAAUGACUGAGAUUACUGUAACAGACAGAAGUGAAAGGGGGGGAGUAUUUGUUUACUUUGUGCAUAUGAUAGCCAAUUUCAGUUAGUCCUCCUCCCUCCCUGUUGUUUGUAGGCAUGUUCUACAUAGCAACAGGAGAGAGACAAAAUAGGAUUGUGCAAUGGCAAUCCAUAACAACUGGUGGGGGAUUCAGGGACUGGUGUGGUAUUCAAAACUACUUGAAACUCUUUUCUUAAAAUAUGACUAGAUUUCAACUUGACAGUGUCCCUAUAAGGAAAAAUUGUGAGAUCAUUCCUCUGAAGGCAUAUUGCCAGCAGCCUCUCUGUUCCACCUUUCUCACUAAGCAUGUUUGAAGUCUUGUAAAUACCUUCACUCUUUUGCUUUGGUGCCUGAAAGUAGUAUGUGUAAUCUUGACAGCCAACAGUGGGAAAGAGAAGGCCACUACAAAAUAGUGGAAACUUGUUAGUGACGCUCUGUGAGUGAAGGACAAGUUUGAAAUCUCAACAAGUCCAAAUUAGGUUGAAAUUUGGAUUUCUUGCAAAACUGGGGAACAUUUCAUUCAAUGACUAAAAGGGCUGCUACCUUCAUAUGAAAACAUUGGUGCCUAAUUCUGUUAACCAAGACCAUUUGAAGGCACUAGCUACAAUCUAUAACAAAUCUAAAACGAGCCUCCUUUGUCAAAGGAAGGCAAUAAGUGUAUUUGAGACCAUCAGCCAAGCUUGUAAAUUAAAUACUGUAGCAAAAAAAAUAAAAAAGUGUCCCAGAGAAAACAUCUGAACCUUUUGGGUGCUGUGAUUUGUAAAGAUAUAAAAAGAGGGAUCGGCUAUGAAAUAGAAAAUAGUUCCUGAAACACUCAGUGGAAAUAUUCUAAACCAAGCCUGUGAAUCGAGAGUUGUUUGUUGUUUUUUUGAGAGUUUUUUAUUAAUCCAAGAACACUUAUUUUGUAAAUACCUUUACUGCAUUUGUGUCACUCACAUUGAGUUUUUCCUCUUUUCUGGCAGUUUUACUAAAUCCCAGGACUCUGUUUGCUAAAUGAAAAGCCAUGCUUCUAGACUAAACUAGAUUGGUUUUCAGCACCAUAAUUUAAUUUUAAUCCAUCAUUCUAAAAUCAAAUUGGCAGAUUGUAACUUUCCAAUAUUCUAAUAACGGACCAGGGCCCCAGCCUGCUCUUAUUGAAUUGAAUAUAAAAGAAAAACAAAAACCUUUAACGACUUCAAUAGGAGCUGUGGCAAAUUGCCGGUACGAUUAUGAUGGGUCCCACGCUUCCUCUUCUUGGGGGGGGGUUCAGGGCACAGUUUCCUGCCCCUGAACUAGGAUAUUUACUGUCCCACUAGUAACCCAGAGAAGGGUAGUGGAGAGGGAGGGACCCGGGCCCACCCUUUACUCCGGGUCCCAGCUCAGGGGCCCUAGGGAUAGUGUUAAACCACUUAAAUUAGUGCUUUCUUCCCCUGGGCUACUUCCCUCUCCUGCUCUUCAUCUUAUGGGGCUUCCUGCCCCCCCCCCUCUGCACAAACUGGGUGUCUCUUUACAUAGGGUCUUGGUCUUCUAGCCAGCCACAGCACUUCUUCAAAGUCUCCUCUGCUCCAAUUCCUUCAAACUGCUCUCUGCUCCAACUCCUUUUUCUGGCUGAUUGAAGCAGGGGGGUUUUAUCAGGUGACUAGCUUCAGGUGCUCUAAUUGGCUUCAAGUGCUUUUAAUUAAUCUAUAGAAACCUCUCUUCCCUCUACAGGGAAUAAGGCUUCUCCUCAUCCUGGGGACUUGCAUAUCUCCCCUAGAUCACUCUCCUCCUGCCUUCUGGCCAUGCUGUAUCACAGAGCAGUAUGCAGUAUUUCCAACCCCAGGUUUUCAAAAAAUCAUGAGUCAGACUUGAAAAGUUUGUGAGAUUGGUUCAAAAAAUAAUGAGAUUUUAAAAAAUUUAAAAGGUUGGGGUUCAUUUUAUCUGCCUGUGGUUGUUGAGACUUUAGGGUUCAUGUUUUCAAGCUUUUCUUCGCAACUUUGAAGGCUGAAAACUAAGUGGAGAUUCUUAUGUAAUCACAUGAGUCCUGGAUCUGGGUCUUUAAGAAAACACCAAAUAUCACCAGAUUGACACCAGUUAAGUCAUGAGAGUUGGCAACAGUCCCACCUAUGUUUUGUUCAUUUGUAAGCAUUGUUUGCUAUUUUAAAUUAUUUUCAAACAGAUAAUGACUAGAUGGUUCCAAGAUAGGGAAUAGUGACCUUUCACCGUUGGAUCAGUGGUCUGAAUCUGACCAAAGAGCGUUGAUAAUUUUGGGGAACUGGUGGGCUUGCAGAUCUGGUAAGUGAUCUUUUGUCCAAAGGUGAAUACUGGAUCUACAUCCUAGGCCCAGUCUGUUCAUACACAAGUUGCACUUGUUUAACUGGGGGGGGGUGUCACACUUUGUUCCUUGCCCAUUGCACACACCAGGGUCUCUUUGAAUCCCUCCAUUACUCCCUACAGGCUACCUUUAGACCAUUCUCCCAUCCCCAUUGGCAGUGGGUAUAAGAGGCUAGGAGAGGCUAAGCCUCCCCAAACAAGGAGGGGGCAAAGAGGCACGAGUGGCGGGUGGGGUGGUUUACAUGCCACAUUCCUAGGGGAAAAAAAUUGUUUGAAUUUCCACAUACCAAUUUCUCCUUUUUGUGCACAUUUAGUUUACACCUUAAUAGACUUAACAUAAGAAUAUUUGGACACUAUAUAUUAAAAUAAAUGUCAAAGGAAGCCUAAAAUGUUCAAUUUUAACAUCCUUUUUAAACAUCUCAAGUUUUUAGACAUUGCAUCAAAAAGAACUAAAAUGAAGAAGCCAUUAUUAUAAUGGCUAACCCUAACUAGGGUGACCAGACAGCAAGUGUGAAAAAUCAGGUCGGGGUGGGGGGUAAUUGGCACCUAUAUAAGACAGAGCCCCAAAUAUCAGGACUGUCCCUAUAAAAUUGGGACAUCUGGUCACCCUAACCCUAAUUCAUUUUACUAAAUUUGAAGAUCCUGCUCAUCCUUACCUGGAUUAUUGUUGAAUAUGAGCCAGUGUUCACUUUGCUUUCCUUGUUGCAACACUUAAAAAAAGAAAAAACCGUAUGUUUUUCGUUUAGUAGCCAUGGAGAAAAUGAAAAACAUGCCAUAGAUCAGAAGGGUGUGAUUGCUACAGAACAUAGUUGCUUUAUGUCAGAGGAGAUAUUGGUCAGCUUCAACUGAAGGGCUAGUUCUACAUUGAGGUUCUUCCUGGAUUUGGUUUUUAAUGGUGAACAGGGCAGAAAAAACAGCUUCACAAAGGUACAUCAUGCUGAGGGCAUCCAGAAUGGCAAGAGCUCUGUCUGAUAUCACAUUUCCUCUUCUUUUCAACUAAAAGUCACUGAAUUCAAGCUUGAGUCCACCAUCAAAUGACAGGUCAGUCAGCUUUUCCUUGUCCUUUUCCAAGAAGCAAUCUGGCAGGGUGUUGUCUAUUGAAAAGAAGUCCCUGAUUCAUUUGGUCUCAUUUGUUACACUGUCUGGAAAGUACUCAUUAAACUUGGUGACCAAAA